GAAGACCUCCAUACCUGAUCCAUCAUAACUGGUAAUUAACUUGGGAGAUGCAUGUGAGAAAAUUAUUGGCUGUGUUCAUCUUGGCUACUGUCUCCCAUACCAUCCACACCCGCAGCCUCCCUCUCUGUAAAAAGGAACAUGAUCUAAGUAACUCAAAAAAGUUGAAACAUACCCUCAUAUUGUCUGACCUUGGAAGUAUUGCCAAUAGGUCGCUGUCACCCUGGGAUUACGUGAUUUACGAGAACAAAAACAUAUUCCCCAGUACAUUCUUAAUGGCGAAGUGUAGAGAAGACCGAUGCAUUGACCCAGGAAAUUUCAACAGACACAACCACCUGCUGAACUCCGUUCCCAUAAACUACACCAUCUCAGUUUACCAUCGCGAGGGGGGAGAGACAGACCUCUACUGCCUCAGGAAGAAGUCCUUUCAAAUAACAGUGGGCUGUACCUGUGUCAUGGCUAAAAACAAAGUCACACACAAAUAACACAAUGCAACACAAAAUUGUUACAGUUGUAACAAAAAAUUACCCAACAAAUAGUAUAUUUUAUAUGGUAGUCUGGCACCAGGCAGAGUGCUCACUAAGGGUUAAAGGUAGCAUGGGUAGCAUUUUUUGAGUUGGUUGUAAUUUUGUUUUAUUUAUCUCUUUUGUCGUAGACAGAUUUACACCCUAUUUGAUGUGAAUUCCGAUUUUGAUCACAUUUGAAUGUAUUUAUUUUAAAUAAAAAGUCUGUAUAAUCUUAUGGCUUGAUAAUGUUUGAAAACUGCUAAGCAGUUGCAAUGUUAUGUAUACAUUUACUGUUACUCUUUGUAAA